AUUCCAUUUGUUCAUCCUUUACACGAACCGUUACGAGAUGGUUGUAAAAUAGAAGUUCACGGUGAAGUCGAAGAAGGCCACCAUGAAAAUUUUGCAAUCGAAUUGUUGUCUGGACCACAUAUUGUUUUGCAUGUAAACUUCCGAUUUCUUCCCGGAGAACAUGUAUUAGUUUUGAAUGCAGCUGCACACGGUAACUGGGGAGAAGAAGUUCGAACUACAAACACAUUACAUCCUGGGCAACAUUUCAACAUUUCUGUAAUUGUUCACCACGACCAUUACGAUAUUGAAGUAAAUGGUGAAACAGUCGGCGAAUUCAGACACAGAUAUCCAAUUCAUACGGUACAAGCACUUGGAGUUAAAGGAGACGUUCAUGUACACAAAAUUGAAUUUCACGGCUUUCACUUUGAACGACGUAAGUUACAGCCGCUUGGGAAGGCGAUUAUGAUUAUGGCCAUGGAGGUUAUUUUGGAUAUGGCACACCCGACUAUGCUCCACCGGUAAAU